GGAGAUCUAUCCUCGAGGAGAUGGUGCAGAAAAAGGUGGCCGACAUAACGGAUUUCAACUGGAUCUCGCAGCUGCGAUACACGUGGCGUGGCGAGCGGCUGCUCUGCUCCAUGAUAACCACCGACGUUGAGUACGGCUUUGAGUACCUCGGGAACACGGGCCGCCUCGUCGCCACGCCGCUCACUGACAGAUGCUACAGAACUCUAAUGAGCGCUCUCAAGUUGAACCUGGGCGGUGCGCCCGAGGGCCCGGCCGGCACAGGCAAGACGGAGACCACCAAGGACUUGGCCAAGGCUGUGGCCAAGAAGUGUGUCGUUUUCAACUGUUCAGACGGACUCGAUUACAAGGCACUGGGCAAAUUCUUUAAG